GUAGUCAACCGACACAACUUUGCAUGACUUGGGAUAAGCUAACUUUGAAAGGCAAAGAAUUAGCUGUUUAUUGGACGCGUACAUUAGUCACUUAGUUUUCCUCGGAGAGCUAUCUUUCAAAGAUACGUCAGCGGUUUAUUUGUGUAAUGACACAAUGGAGGACGAAUUACAGGAGCAGCAACUUCUGCCGAUUCAAGAGGAAAGCCCGGAGCCAACGAACGAACCAGAGACGUUAAAAGAACCAGAAACGUUAAUAGAACCAGAGACGUCAAAAGAACCAGAAACGUUAAAAGAACCAGAGACGUUGGAAGAAAUCGUCGAAGUCAAGGAGGGAGUGUUGACUGAAGAAAUGGUGUCCGAAGGUUUAUCCCAUCUUGGACUUGAUCUGACCGGGCAGUUUCACGUUCUAUGCCACCUAAGCCUACCUAAUCGCAAUCUUAUAGACAUAUCUUUGUUAUGCACGUAUGUCAAUCUUGAAAAGCUAGAACUGCCACACAACAAGAUAGAAGAUAUAUCCUGCCUGAACCACAUGCCCCACCUUAUCUGCCUGGAUGUGUCUCACAAUGAAAUCUCCAACUUCUUUCAAUUCAAGCCACUCCGGUACCUAGAGGUGGCUGAUUUCUCCCAUAACCGAAUACCAGACAUAAAGGAUCUGGCAGGCUUUGUCUGCCUGCGUCAGCUAAAUCUGGACUACAACUGUCUCUCUGAAGUCAGCGGUCUUACAGAUUGUUCUAUGCUCAACCAUCUCAGCCUGGCUUACAACAAAAUCACAAAAAUCAGCAACCUGGGCAAUCUGCCUCUUAUACAUCUCUGCCUGAAGGGAAACCAGCUCAGCUCUGUUGAAGGGUUGGAGAACUUACGGAACAUACAGGUUCUUGAUUUGUCCAGGAAUUGCAUCACCUCUCUUUCAGGACUUCAGAAUCUCCGCUACCUAUACUUCAUCGACUUGGAGAAAAACCAGAUAAUGGAAAUUGAAGAUCUAAAAUAUGUCAUCGAUCUACUGAUGCUGACCAACCUCAAUCUGCUGGAUAACCCUGUGCAGGAGCACCCUGACUACAGACUGACAGUCAUCUUUCUCCACCGAAGUUUAUCAUUACUAGACAAUAAGAAAGUCACAGUUGAAGAAAAGGUGUCUUCACAAAACAUGUUUGACCCUCCUAUGGACAUAGUAGCAGCAACAGAUCACAUCACAAACAUGGUUCACCAGAUGGCACAGCCGCAGGUUCUCUAUCAAAGUACACUGCCUACGCCAAACACCCCAUACCCAAUGGUGGUGCUGACAGGCCCUGAAGGCUGUAGGAAAGGAGACCUGGUUCGCAGACUGUGUCAGGAGUUUGGUAAAGACUUUGGUGUUGGCAUCUGUCACACUACACGGCAGCCCUACUCUGGAGAGAAGGACGGGGUCGAUUAUCAUUUUGUCAGUGAAGAGAAAUUUCAGAACUUAGUUGUCAUGGGUAAAUUUCUCCUGACCAUGCAUUAUGGCAGCCAUCUGUUUGGCCUCUGCAGAGAUGCUAUUGAGGAAGUAGCAAAUCAUGGAGUGGUUGUUUGUUUACAUAUGGAGCUGGAGGGUGUUUUCAGUCUAAAGAAGACUUGCUUUAAGCCUCGAUACAUCCUGCUUAUUCCCACAAAGAUAGAGAAGUUCAUAAUCCACAUGAAAAGCACUACCCGUUACACCCAGUCACAGAUUGAUCUUGCAGUGCAGCGUGUUCCCCUCUAUUCAAGAACCAAUGAAGAACGUCCAGGAUUCUUCGACAACGUUAUUCCAAGUGAUAACUAUGAAGAAGCUUACCGGACCUUGGUGGAAAUAGUAAAGGUCUACAUGUACAUUGAGGAGGAGGAGGUGAAGGGAAAGGAGGAGGAGAAACCAGAGGAAGAGGAGGUGGAAAAAGAGAAGAGCACCGGUGAAUCCUCCUCUGACAGCAGUUUGAGAGGCUUUGUUUCAGUCGAAGAGCCAGCAACAACACAGGUAGAACCAGAGUCACGCCCUGGGUCCACCAUCGGAACCAGCUUAACUAAAUUCCGGGCAGAUUCCAGCUGUCAAAAAACAUUGAUUGAGCUCGCCUCCUGGAGGAAACGAGAGGAUCUGGCAAGGAAAGCUGUUCUUGGAAAGAAACCAGGGUUGCACAGCCACCUCUUCAAACAGUACAGGUCAGAUGUGUCUCGUGUUGCCUCAGCUCUAGGUGUUCCCUUGUCACUCGGUAGCACUAUUGAACCUCUACAGAGAACCCUAUUGGAAGACAGGACAGAAAUGCUCAACGAUUGCAAUAUGGGACUCAAGACAAAGUCCGUCCUGCCUCCAGUCUUGCCUGGACAUAAGAACCGUGAAGUCACCAAGUCCGCGUCACCUGAGACAUCUUAAAUCUACCCAUAACCGCCCGUCGAAAAGAACGAAGGCGUAAAUGUGGAGGGAUGAUUUUCAUAGAAGAUUUAGUUGUUUUGUUGUUGUUUUUUUAUUAUUCAAACAAAGCAGGAAAUAUUUGAAGGUAGUUUAUAUUUCAAAAAUGAAAAUGUUAUUAGUUAACAUUACUUUGGGAUUUAUACUGUUCUAUUUUUUUGUACUUUCCCAGGUGUGUUUUGUUUAGAGAUCCAUUAUAGACAGAUAUGUUUGUGAUUCGUUAGACUGUAAGAGCAAGAAAAUCUGCUGAUAAGAUGGAAGGAAGAAAAUAGUACUAUAGCGUUAUUCUUGUUUAUCUUGUUGAGCUUUCACUGUCUGUCAUUCUGGAUUUGGAAAUAUUGGCAGGCUUUUAUAAAGCUCAGAGUUAAGGUAGUUUUAUCUUUAGUAGGGAAUACACAAAACUGUGUGUAUAAUUACUUGCUAAUAAAAGAGGCUAAAGACAG